AUGAACCACAUCAGCUCGCCCAACGAGCCCUUCCCCGCGCCGAACAUGCUGGCGCAGGCGACGACGACGCACAAGCAGGGCAACUUUGAGAUCUCGUCGCGCAAGCUGCCCAUCUCCAAGUCGGGCCCCAUCGACGACAUGUCGCGGCGGCUGGGCAUCCCCGUGCCCGAGAUGAUCUUCGGCGACAACCUGGUGGCGGUGCGGCACGCCCCCUCGGGCUGGGCCAUCGAGUUCGCCGCCGAGCCCGCCCUCGACGCCGUCGACAAGACCGGCGCCAACAUGCUGCAGGUCGCCUACGCCGGCGAGUGGUCCUCGUCGCGCGAGAAGUCCUCGGCCCACGACAUCCGCGAGGUCGUCAAGCCCUACGACUGGAGCUACAGCACCACCUACCGCGGCUCCGAGACCCCGAGCCUGCGCGGGCCGGACCCCGGGCGCAGGCUGCUGCCCUCCCCGGCAGAGCAGAUCCCGCUGGAGCUCCUCAAGAGGCGCGACCCCAUCCUCUUCUUCGACGAGGUCGUGCUCUUCGAGUCCGAGCUCGACGACAACGGCGUCUCCGUCUUCAGCUGCAAGCUGCGCGUCAUGGAGCAGCGCAUGCUGCUGCUGUGCAGGCUGUACAUGCGCCUCGACGGCGUCGUCGUCCGCAUCCGUGACACCCGCGUCUACGUCGACUUCGGGGCCGACGAGGUCAUCCGCGAGUACACGGCCAAGGAGGACAACCACGAGAACGUGACCAGGGCCUUGCGCAUGUCUGGGCUGCACCCUGACGCCGUCACCGCUGCAUUCCGGGAUGCGAACCAGGUGGCACAUCUAUUGCCUGUCGUCGAGCAGCAGAUAGACAGCGUUUCGCUCUCGGUAUGA